AUGUACGACGACAACAGCGAGGGCGAGCAUUGGGAGUCGGAUAUCAAGCAUGAGUCACAGACGUCUCCCACAGGGCCCUCUGGCUCGCUGGCUCAGACUCAAUCAAAAUCGCAGUUGCCCAUGCAGAAACGCCGAAGGGUGACCCGAGCAUGCGACGAAUGUCGAAGGAAGAAGAUCAAAUGCGACGGCAAGCAGCCUUGCACUCAUUGUACAGUCUAUAGCUAUGAAUGCACCUACGAUCAGCCUUCAAAUCGCCGCCGCAACCCCGCUCCCCAAUACAUCGAGGGUCUGGAGCAUCGAGUACACCGCGCCGAGACGCUGCUGCGAAUGCUCAUGCCCGACCUCAACCUGAACGACCCUAGCAUUGAUGUCGCUGUUGCACAAGGGUAUAUUCCUGGUUUCUCCAACAAGCCUGUCAGCAACGGCAGCCCCGCCACACAAUCUGCUGCCCCUGCACCUCCGACCCUCACGUCUGCCCCAAACACAGACCAGAAAGACACCAACCUGGAAUCCAUGGUCCGCGCUAUUGGCCAGCUUGAACUCGACGAGCAAGGAAACUGGGACUACCAUGCCAUUCAUGUUCCCACCUUUUGGGCGUCCUUCGAUCGCAUGUACAAUACGCCAUACGAGGACUAUACGAACCAGGAUCACAAGUUCCUUCCACUGUUGUACAGUACCAUCUUCAAAUACUUCAGAACAGCACGUCAGUUGUUGGACAUAGCAGACGCUCGCGAUUUGACCUCCAUCCAAGCAGUCCUCUAUAUGAUCUCGUUCCUACAAUGCUCGGCCAAACUGUCACAAUGCUACGCAUACGUAGGUGUGGCAUUGCGCUCCGCUCUACGCAUGGGCCUGCACAGAAAUAAUGCUUCCUUCAAUCGCACCUUCAACCCCAUUGAAGCCGAGACCAGAAAACGUGUUUUCUGGACCAUCCGCAAAAUGGAUAUCUAUGUUGGUGCAAUGUUGGGGUUGCCACAAACACUCAGUGAGGAAGACAUUGAUCAAGAAUAUCCUCUUGAAAUUGACGAUGAAUACAUCACCGAAGAGGGCAUCCUUCCCAUGCCCGAGGGCACUACUCCACUGACAACAGUCUUCAACGCGCAUAGUCGACUAGUAGAACUACUAAUCAAGAUCGUAAGGAACGUGUACCCAAUCAGAGCGAAGAAUGUUCAAAGCAAUAUGGACCGCUCCUACACUGUACCCUUCUCUGUCAUCCGAGACAUCGAGAAGGAUUUGGAAACAUGGAAGAGCAAUCUGCCUGCGGGGCUGGACCCAUGCAACAACUCGAACCCCAAGCUCACAAGGUAA